UUUACAGUAAGUUAAAUUCCCACACUCUCCAAUUUCAAAAUUUUCGUCUCAUGCUCCUCUUCCAUUUCUUCAAUGGAAUCUUCCACCAUGAUCAACCUCAAUUCCAAUCACAAGAGACCCUUCGCGCCCGAUUUUUCUUCAUCUUCUUCUUUCGACAAUAACCCCAAAACUAUCUCACUCUUUGUAAGAAACUUUGAUGUCGCUCUCCUUUCAUCCACCCAAAACGGCGCCGUUUCGCCUUGCGACUUCAUGCGCCUCCGCGCGGACCGCCCGUACUCGAUCGGGCGCAGUCCUCGCGACUGCAGCUUCGUAUUCCGCGAUCGGCGAGUGAGCAAGCGCCACUGCCAACUCCUCUUUGAUUAUUCCCUCCGCAAACUCUACAUCCUCAACGGCGUUCUUUUGACCGACGACUGCACCGCCGCGUGGCGCCUUGUCCACGAGUUCAGAAUAAGGGCGAGGACGUCGUCUCACGAAAACAACGAUUGCUUCGUGCUUCGUAAAGCUUCCAACGGGGUUUUCGUGAACGGCGUUGAGUUGGAGAAGGGAACGGCGGUGGAAUUAUCGGUUGGAGAUAGGGUUUCGCUGGUUUGUGGGAGCCAGAACGGUUCGUGUGGGGUUGGGAACGGAGUUGGGUUUGUUGUUGAGAGAAUUGAUUUCGAUGGGUGUGAUAGUGAGAUUGAUGGGUUGAAAACAUUCUCGGAGCACUCGCAGAGUGGGAAGAGGAGUAAGAGGGUUUUUGCACUGAAGGCUAAUGUUUCAAGGUAUGAGGGAGUUGUUGGGAGAGGAAGGUUUCUUCUCGAUAGGUGCAGAGAUAUAUUGCUUAGUAGUGAUCCUGUGUUGUGUGUUGUGCGUGAUGGAUCUGUAUGUGCCCCUUGCAAUGCUGAAGUGCAGUCAAGUUUGGGAUUAUUUGGUGAAAGUAAAAGGAUGGAUUUGGAUGCAAAAGUUGGAGUUGAUGUUGCUGAUAAGGUUCCUAAGACAAAGGUGGUGUUAGAUUGCGCAGGGAAGGAGAAUCUUGAUCAUUCUUCUAUUGGGGGUGACUGUCUGGGAAAGCUUGGCAGUGGCAACGACAAUGUUUAUCCCCAGCCUGGCAAGAAUUUUUACCUGAACCGCCUUGAAUUUAUGAACCAUGGCUCCUCGGCGUGUCAUCGGUCGAUAUCUCUUCCUGAACUUAUUCAUCCUUUGGAAAACAUUUCGAGGAUAUUUAUAGCAACGUUUACAAGUGACAUAAAAUGGUUCUUGGCAUAUUGCAAGAUUCCUUUUUACCUUCCAGUUACGAUUGCAUGCCAGAAUACCGAGAGAUGUUGGAGUUCAAAACCCGAGGACAGAGUAUCUGUGCCUUACCAGGAUUAUCCUAACCUUGUUGUAGUGUAUCCCCAAUUCCCUGAAACCAUAGCAUUUGGUAAUGACCGCAAGAGACAAGGGAUUGCUUGCCAUCACCCAAAGUUGAUUGUUUUACAAAGAAAAGAUAGCAUUCGAAUUGUUAUCACAUCUGCUAAUUUGGUGGAAAAGCAGUGGAACAGUGUGACUAACACUAUAUGGUGGCAAGAUUUCCCUCAUGCUACUUCUGUUGAUUUUUCAUCGCUUUUCCCAAAAAUUGGCAAUGCUGAAAUUCAUCAGUCAAAAUGUGAUUUUGCUGCUCAGUUGGCUGGGUUUAUGGCAUCUCUUGUUAUUGAUGUACCCAGUCAGGCUCACUGGAUUACACAGCUGACAAAAUAUGACUUUGGAGGUGCUACAGGACAUCUUGUUGCUUCAGUACCUGGAAUUCACUUUUAUAGAACUUCUGUUUUGUCAGAAUCUUUUCAGGCCUCUCCUGUUGCAAGUACUCAAUUUCUCGGUUCAGUUGUGGCAUCCGUGGUUGGUUUGAGCCAUUUUUUCCGCACUGUAGCGGACUCAAACAGUGCUAGACUAAAAUCAUUGGCUUCAUUCCUUGGAAAGUCUUGUAAGAAUGCUCACGGGAAGUUGGAGAUUGUUUUAAGAAGAAAGCCCAUUGCGUCUGUUGAUGAAAAUGCUGUUAUUGUUCUUGUUCCCAAUCCUGAUCGAUCUUUUGAGGGAGACUGCGUUCAACUUGGUUUUCUGCCUAGAGAUGUUGCAAACUGGGUUUCUUCUCUUUGGGAUGCCGGAUUCUUCACGUUUUCUGGAUAUGUUUGUGCAAAAGAGGCACUUGCUGCUGCCAUGGGAGAAACCUCUAAGAAAGUUCAAUUAGUACUAAAUGUCUCAGAGGGGCAUCAUUUUAAAGAUAUGUCAAAUAUGAUGCAAUCCGAACAUAUUGUGUCCUUUUGCUCACUCAUUGCUUCGAUUGAAAGAUGUUAUGGCCUUUGGAGACUACAAGAGGUUCUAAAUCGAUACAAAUGGCCCGAAUCAUUAAAGUCUGAAAUUAUUUGCAGUGCAUCUUCUAUUGGUUCAUCUGUCAAUUCAAAAUUUCUUGCUGCUUUCUCGUCUGCUGUUGGGAAAAAAUCAUUGCAACAUUUUGACUCUGAAGAGUCUGAUCCCGAAUGGGGCUGCUGGAGUGCUAGUGAAGAACUGAAGAAUCCUUCUGUUAGAAUUCUAUUCCCCACUAUUGAAAGAGUGAAGAAUGCUUAUAAUGGGAUUUUGCCUUCAAGAUAUAUACUUUGCUUCACAGAGAAAACUUGGCAAAGGUUGAAGACUUUAGAUAUACUUCAUGAUGCUAUCCCCCAUCCGCAUGAACGAAUAGGGCAUCCAAUGCAUGUCAAGGUGGUGCGUAGAUGCUUCUGGUCUGGGAGGGGUGCACCUUCCGUUGGUUGGGUAUACUGUGGGUCCCAUAAUUUUAGUGCUGCUGCCUGGGGGCGACAGAUUUCAAAUCCAUUUAGGAUAAAGGCUGAUGGACCUAAAAAGGAGGACCCUUCUGUGAAUUGUGGGCUUCACAUUUGCAAUUAUGAACUUGGGAUUAUAUUUACUUUUCCUCCUACAGAAAAUAAUGGUCGUCCUAAAGUUAAAAGCACAGAAUUAGAUGAUAUAAUUCUGCCGUUUGUUGUGCCUGCUCCUAAAUAUGGAUCUAGUGAUCGGCCUGCUACAAAGCAGGAUAUGAAGGAGGUUAUGGUUGAACUUGCUGAGCGAGAGAACGAGAAACGUACAGAAGAAGAAAUGAUGGAAGAGCUUGAUGAUGAAGAGGAAUUUGUCGAGCUUCCAGAAGAACUGGAAGCAACCAAUUAUGUUGAACAGGAAAAGGAAGAGGAGAAGGAAUAUGCUGAUAUACUCUGGAGUCAGGUCGAUUCAUAGUAGUUGAACUUCUGCAAGGAGCUACAUCAGGAGCAAGAAGCAGUGAUUAUGGAACUGUCAAUAAGAGCAUUUUAUACAAGAUCUUUUAAGGUAAAAAAUUGAUUAUAAAAAAACAUGUGGACUAUUUUUGACUUGUAGUUCUGACUUUGGGUCGUAAAAUGCAGGCGAACUUGGAUAUUAAUAGUAGCAGAUAUUCAACUUGCAAAGAGCGAAGCCGUUGAACUUUCUUGAGAAAGUGAUUAGGAAAACUCAUCCUAGGUUGAUUAAGUUUGGAGUAGAAAGUGGUAUUUAGGAUCCCUUACACCACUUUAUAGCCUCAGGUCCCUUUCUUAGGUGGUGGAUCCAACUUAAUGCGGGUUUCUUAAUUAAAGAUGGAAGAUAGAUUGAUGGAGCAACUAUAUCAUUUCUUAUAGUUCUAAGGAUUCAAGUAAAGGAUUUGAAAGUGGUGGCCAAUCUUCACGCAAUAACUUCACCAAUGAAAUAAUCCCAAGAAAAUUGAAGACAUGGCCCCCAGUCAUAAUUAGAUAAAAAUUGAAGGCAUGGCAGCAGAGAAAUUCAGCUGCAGAGAUCCAAAUUCACUGUAACCAUUCUUUUCCCCGUUUGAUACUCUAUGUAACCAUUCUUUGGCAGUAUUUAUUCCCUAUUUUUUAUUUGUUAACUAGAUAGGAAUAUAUGCUCCAAUCACGAGGGAAUAAACAUGUAUAUGAUUACUACUGUUAUUUGGUAGGUGUAAGCGUAAUUAAUUUCUCA